GACGUUUUAACUUUUCACGAGAAAUAAAAUGUUCUCCUCUUUAGCUUCACUCACUGUGGUUUAAUUUGAAAAGCUUGUACCGGAAAAAGACGCCAGAAUGUCGACAAUGACAUAAGUUAACACAACUCAUUGGAAGAACAAGUUUGUUGAUGACUGAAGUGUUGAUAUCAACCAAACCUAAACCCCCCCCACAUCCCACACCCCGGAUUGUAAAUAAUGUAAAUAAUUCAAUGUAUAUAUACUGAUGAUUAUCUUGUGUGAUGACUGUAUUAUGAUGACAGUAUAUCUUUGUAUCAUGAAUCAAUUUGAGUGGACCCCAACAAGUUGAAAAACUUAUUCGGGUGUUACCAUUUAGUGGUCGAUUGUACGGAAUAUGUACUGUACUGUGCAAUCUACUAAUAAAAGUUUCAAUCAAUCAAUCAAUCAAAAAAACCCUUCCCAUCAAACAAUCAGACGUGUUAACUUUUCACGAGAAAUAAAAUGUUCUCCUCUUUAGCUUCACUCACUGUGGUUUAAUUUGAAAAGCUCGUACCGGAAAAAGGCGCCAGAAUGUCGACAAUGACAUAAGUUAACACAACUAAUUGGAAGAACGCUUCCCAUCAAACAAUCAGACGUGUUAACUGCUUUCACGAGAAAUAAAAUAGUCUCCUCUUUAGCUUCACUCACUGUGGUUUAAUUUGAAAAGCUUGUACCGGAAGAAGGCGCCAGAAUGUCGACAAUGACAUUAGCAGGGUGCAAAAUGUCGUCCAAACGCCUGUGGGCAGUUUGUUCCCCUGGUCUUGUCUCUCUGACACCGAGGAAUAAAAGUAUGAAAAGUUCAACUGGUGGACGGUGGCUGUCCCACACCGGAACAGGUGUUGACAGGCGGCCAUUGGAGGGUGUCAGAGUGCUGGACCUGACCCGCGUCCUGGCUGGACCCUUCGCCACCAUGAUGCUGGGAGACCUGGGUGCUGAAGUCAUCAAGGUGGAGAAACCAGAUACCGGUGACGACACCCGAGCGUGGGGUCCACCCUUUGUCGGUUCAGAGAGCGUCUACUUCCUCAGUGUCAACCGCAAUAAAAAAAGUGUCGCCGUGGACCUGAAACAUCCCAGAGGAGCCAAGCUCAUCCAGGAGCUUGCAGGUGUGUGCGACGUGCUGAUGGAGAACUUCCUGCCAGGCAAACUUGCUCUGAUGGGUUUAGGAUACGAGGAGCUGAGCAGACGUAACCCUGCGCUGAUCUACUGCUCCAUUUCAGGUUACGGGCAAACGGGUCCUCAAAAUCAGAGUCCAGGCUACGACUCGAUCGCCUCUGCUGUGUCGGGGAUGAUGCACAUCACCGGGUCAGAGGACGGCGAGCCCAUCCGCCCCGGUGUGGCUAUGACGGACUUGGCGACCGGCUUGUACGCGCACGGGGCCGUUAUGGCCGCCCUGCUCCAGCGCCAGCGGACUGGGAGGGGCGCUCACAUCGACUGUGACCUACUGUCCUCUCAGGUCUCGUGUCUCAGCCAUGUUGCUGCCAACUUCCUGAACGGCGGGAAGGAGGCAAGGCGCUGGGGGACGGCCCACGAGAGUAUCGUCCCCUACCAGGGAUUCAGAACCAAAGAUGGCCACAUUGUGGUGGCGGCAGGAAACGACCAACAGUUUGUUAAAGUGUGUCAGGUUCUGCAGCUUCCGGAGCUCACCCAGCAACCAGAAUACAGAACCAACAAGCUCAGAGUCCAAAACCGUAAAGGCCUGGUGGACACUUUGUCACAGAGAUUUCUGCAAGAGACGACGGCUGAUUGGCUGAGAAGGUUUGAGGGCUCAGGUGUUCCUGUCGGGCCAAUCAACAGCAUCCGGGAGGUCUUCUCUGACCCACAGGUGAAACAUAAUGGACUCAUCCAGGAGAUGAACCAUCCCACCGCAGGAUGCAUCACUGUGCCUGGUCCCGCCGUCCGCUACAGCAGCUUCUCCACCCGCGAGCCCACGCCUCCCCCUGUGAUUGGCCAGCACACGGUGCAGGUGCUGCGCCACACCUUGGCCUACAGCGAUGACGUCAUCACAGCUCUCCUGGCGUCGGGGGCGGUGGCCCAGAACAGAGUGUGCUGAUUGGUUUCGGUCCACUUUGUAACGCAAACAAUAAAAAGUUAUCAGCCGAUCACCUUGAAGCCGCUUUCAUCCACUCGGCGGCGUCACACCUGACAGCUGAGUUUACAUUUCUGCUGGCUGUCACGUUAGCGUGCCGCCACUUUGAAUCCGUCCAGCUGCUGAAAUGGUAUCAGAUUUCUUUUUUGGGAUGACUUUAGCAACUGUUCACUAACUUUUAGUGCAGCCAGCCUGUAUGCUAAUGCCAACCCUUGUUCUCCUAGCCCCCCCCCCCCUCUUUCCGACGAGCACGACCUUGCAAGCAGGACGCCGCGGCGGACGCCUCACCUCGUCCUCGCCAGGGCGUUGAGCGGCCGGCUGGCUGCCUGAGCCGUGACCCCGGCAAGUGUGUGAGAGAAAUUCGGAUGAAGGAUUCCGGAAGGCAGAAGCAACGAAGCGUGCCCAGCGUUGCAGUUCACAGUUUAAAGUGCCACAAGGACGGAGGAGAGCGACCCCGACGUGACCCGGCACCUGGCUCGGUUCUGACGUCCCCGCGGGGUUUGCCGGCAUCUAGGAGCAUCCGCACUCGUCCACGAUCAUUUUCUGGAUGUCCUGCUUGAUGAUCUUCUGCUCGGCGUUGUAGUAGAGCAUGGACAUGGCGCGCAGCCGCGUGGGCACGCAGCACGAGCGCGAGUUCUGGAAGGGGCUGUAGCCCCGCAUGCGGUACUGGCUGAUGACCGACGAGUGGAAGGACAGCGCCGAGCCUGUGAUGCUGGUCAUGUGGGACGGACACUCGCCCUCGCAGUAGUUGGCGUGGUAGCCGCUCGGCGCGAUGAUCCAGUCGUUCCAGCCGAUGUCUUUGAAGUUGACGUAAAACUGCCGCUUGCAGCACACGCGCACCUUCCCGUCGCACUCCAGGCCGCGCUUCCUGCGCCGCCGCGCGUCCCCGCCGUCCUCCGGCCGCACCACCGCCAUCAGGAAGGGCCGGUGGGAUUGUUCCCGUUGGCUGCCGCGCUGAGUCGUGUCCGCGCCGCCGGAGACGAGCACCGGCGCGGCGCCGACGCCGGCGCAGAGCGGGCAGGAAACCCUGACGCUUAACUCCGCGGCGUCUGCACGCUCCAGCAGCGCCUGGACCGCCGCCGACACCGGGAAGGUGUGCCAGCCGCUGCGUCGAGUGUCCACCGUUUUCUCCGCCAGGAGGACGUCGUCCUGCGGCGAGGAGGAUCCUGCGCCGUGCUGGAGGAGGCGGAUGGCGACUUUGGCGCGGCUGCGGUUGUUCUUGGCCAAUCGCAGGAAGAGCCACACGUUUGCCUGCUCCACCAGCGACCCCUCGGCCCCGCCGCCAUCUUUGGACAGGACGAAUGUCACCACAUCCCGGGCGUCACCUGAAAGACCGAGGAACAAUCAGAUGCAGGUCUGACCGAGGCCGGAAUGUGCAACGCAGGAAACGCGUCUACGUCGGAGCGUCGGCACGGCGUUGUCAGGUAACGGCGGCAACUGAUGCACAUUUACUAUGUUUGUCUUCUACUACGCGAUCAGACGACCUCGAACGCCUCACUGUGGGAAGCAUUGUGCACGUGGUAGCAUACGUCAGGGGUUCUUAACCUUUUUGACCUCAGGGCCUCAAAUUACAGAGUGGCCCAAACAAAUGUUAUGUUGCGCUAAUAUAAAUGAACUAAAUAAUGAUGAAUAUGUUUCUUAACUAAACUGUCAAUAAAAUUAAAGUGCAAAUAAAACAGCUUCACCACUUU